AUGUGGAUACGGGCAAUAUUGGUUGUUGUGCUGGUGUGUCUCCUGAUUCUACAAUUUCUGAAACUGCUCCAGGCAUACAAGAAGUACCCUCCUGGGCCUUCUAUGCUUAAGACUGCUGCACAACUAGUGCGCUCUGGAUUCAGAAUUCGUCCUGAUCUUCUCAUGGAGAUAGCAAAGAAACAUGGACACAUUUUCACUAUAUGGGGAGGGCAUCAGCCUAUGGUAAUAGUGUCUGGAUUCCAAGCCGUCAAAGAAGCUCUAAUAAAGCAUUCAGAAAUAUUCUCUGGGAGACCAGUGACCCCUUUCUUUAAAGCUGUAGCAAAGGAAAAGGGUAUUGUAUUCUCAAAUGGUCAUACCUGGAAGCAACAAAGGAAGUUUGGGAUAUCUGCUAUGCGGAAGCUGGGAAUGGGGAAGAAAGGUGUGCAGAACCAAAUAGAAGAGGAGGCCAAUCAGCUUGUCGAGACUUUUGCACAUGCAAAGGGGCAGCCAAUUGACCCUUCAUUACCCAUCAUUAAUUCGGUCUGCAAUGUGAUAUGUGCUCUGGUCUUUGGACAUCGUUAUUCUGUUGAUGAUGAAGAAUUCCUCAAGCUGAUUAAAUCAAUUGAAUAUAGUGUAACAUUUGGAGGUACAUUCUUUCACCUUCUAUAUGAAGGGAUCCCAUGGAUCAUGAAACAUAUCAAAUGGCCAUACAAGAAGGCAUUUUCCGCUGUAGAUGUUGUGCUUUCACACGCAAGGAAAGAGACAGAAAAGCACAGGGCACAACCGGCAUCAUAUGAGCCACAAGAUUUCAUCGAUUACUAUCUACUUCAGAUGGAGAAAAACAAGAAUGACCCUACUUCUACAUACGAUGAUGAAAACCUGAUUCAGUGUAUUUCUGACUUCUUUGUUGCUGGGACAGACACAACCAGUACCACUCUGCAAUGGGGACUGCUUCUUAUGGUGACUCAUCCAGAUAUCCAAGAGAAAGCCCAGAAGGAGCUAGAAGAUGCUUUUGGUUCCUCGCAAUCAAUUAGCUAUCAAGAUCGGAAGAAAGUGCCCUACACACUUGCUCUGAUUCAUGAGAUCCAGCGUUUCAAAUGUAUCUUAUUAGCUGGGAACCCUAGAGAGAGUUUGGAGGAUGUGACCAUUCUUGGUUCUUUCAUUCCAAAGGGUUCCACGGUUGUUCCAGAUGUACAUUCAGUUCUUUAUGAUCCCAAGCUAUGGGAGACCCCUCGGAAGUUCAACCCAAAUCAUUUUUUGGACAAGGAUGGAAAAUUUGUGGAUAGAGAAGAACUUUUGAUCUUUGGUGCAGGAGCCCGUGUGUGUCCAGGGAAAGACAUGGCGAGGAUCGAGCUCUUCCUCUUCUUCACCAACCUGCUGAGAGCAUUCACCUUCAAGCUGCCAGAAGGAGUGGAAGAAGUCAACACAGAGCCUGUACUAGGCUUGACAAUGGCUCCUCACCAUUAUAAACUUUGUGCUGUUCCCCGCUGCAGUGAAUCGUGA